AUGCAGGGUCCUUGGUUGCUGCUCGCCUUGGCUUUGACCGUGACCAAUGUCCCCGGAGGCCGCUCCCAGCCUGAGGUAGUCCAGCAGGAGGCGGCCGCGGUGACUGAGCGCCUGGGCCUGAACGACCUCCUGCGCCAGGCAGAGCGCCUCCUCCUCCUCCGGGAAGACCUCCAGCGGCUGCGCGCGAACCAGGGCGAGCGCAAUGCAGAACCCCAGACUGAACUUGACUGGCUCUCCAAGCGUCAGCAUCCAGGUAAAAGGGAGGAAGAGGCAGAAGAGGGAGUUGAAGAGGAGGAGGAGGAAGGGGAGACCGUGGAACCCCAAAAACGUCAGCAUCCUGGCCGACGGGAGGAUGAGGCUUCAUGGUCAGUCGAUGUAACCAAACACAAGCGGCAACACCCUGGCCGGCGCUCCUCCUGGCUUGGGUACGUUAUCACCAAGAAGCAACACCCAGGCAGACGACUGGUGGAUCCCAAGGGCCAGAAGAGCUGGGAAGAGGAAGAGGAGGAGGAAGAGCUGAUGCCUGAGAAACGCCAGCAUCCCGGCAAGAGGGCCUUGGGAGGCCCAUGUGGGCCCUGGGGAGCCUGUGACCGAGCAGCUUUCCUGCUUGGGCUACUGGGUGACCUAAGCAGGGGCCAGGGAGCCGAGGAAAAGUGA